AUGGAGAAGAAGACUCAAUUAAGAGGAAAAAAUGAGACACCCAUGAGUGCAAAAACGAAGGAAGGCGAGGACGGUAAGGAUUCCGUGGUCCUCAAGGCGACACCAGGAAUGUUCGUGAGGAGAUCGAAGGCGUCCUUCAGAGAAAACUACAAGGCAGUAAAACUACUGGGAAAGGGCUCAUUCGGAGAGGUACUGCUGUGUAUACACAGAGUAACGGGCAUCCAGUACGCAAUAAAGGUCAUUUGCAAGAACUCGAUGAAAAAAAAGGGCGACCACGAGGCGCUCCUGCGAGAAGUUGAGGUUUUAAAGAACCUGGACCACCCGAACAUCAUGAAAAUCUACGAGUUCUUCGAGGACGAAAAGUACUACUACUUCGUGACUGAGCUGUACACGGGGGGUGAGCUCUUCGACGAAAUCGUGAGCAGGAAGCGCUUCAGCGAGUACGACGCUGCGAGGAUCACGAAGCAGAUCCUGAGCGGAAUCACGUAUAUGCACAAGCAGAACAUCGUCCACAGGGACCUGAAGCCGGAGAACCUGAUCCUCGAGUCGAAGUCGCUCAACUCGAACAUUCGCAUCAUCGACUUCGGCCUCUCGACCUACUACACGGACAGCGCGAAGCUGAAGGACAAGAUCGGCACGGCCUACUACAUCGCCCCGGAGGUGCUGAAGGGGACUUACGACGAGAAGUGCGACGUGUGGUCAAUAGGAGUGAUUCUUUACAUCCUCCUCUCAGGAUAUCCUCCAUUUAACGGUAAAACUGAAUCGGAAAUUAUUAAAAAGGUACAAAUUGGCAAGUAUUCGUUUGAGAUGUCACACUGGGAGAAGGUGGCAGAGUCGGCAAAGGACCUAAUUAGGAAAAUGCUAGUUUAUAACCCGGAAAAGAGGAUCUCAGCAGCUGAGGCACUUGAGCACCACUGGAUCACGUUCAUGACCAAGGAGAAGAACUACGACCUCCCCAGCCUAGAAUUUUCGAUCGACAACAUGCGCAGCUUCCACUACACGCAGAAAUUCGUGCAGGCAGCAAUGCUGUACAUCGGCUCAAAGCUCUUGACACGCGAAGAGUGCAAAUCUUUAACAGCAAUUUUUAACACGAUGGACAAAAACGGAGACGGCCAGCUCGAUAGGUCAGAGCUUAUCGAAGGCUACACACACUAUUUAAAGCUCAAAGGGAAGAAUAUGCAGCACCUGACGCCCGCAGAAAUUGAGGAGCAGGUGGACCUGAUUCUCCAGGACAUCGACUUCGACAACAACGGCUACAUCGACUACAGCGGUAAGAGCGCAAGAAUUCACGAUUCUUCAGAGUUUUUGACGGUGGCGAUGGACCGUAGGACGGUCUUCUCCAAGGAGCGCCUCGAAAAGGCAUUCAGACUGUUCGACUACGACAACUCGGGCACCAUAUCCUGCGACGAGAUCGCGAAGCUGUUCGGGGUCGACGACGUCGGCAAUGAGUCGUGGCAGAUGCUGCUCAAGGAGUUCGAUACAAAUAAUGACGGUGUCAUUGAUUUCAAGGAGUUCAAGGCAAUGCUCACCAAGUACUCAAACUGA